AUGCUCCAGCAGCCGGUGCCCGAGCUGCGCAGCUUCUCCUCCCUUUCGCGAUAUUCGGGACCUCGGGCGGCCCUCGCGAGACGCCAAAGUCUCGCCCAACGACGCCAGUCACAGUCAUGUCGACGGCGAACAGAUAGCGAUUCAAUCGAGGGAUCCCCCUCACGUCCAGAAGACGGCCCACCAUGCCCUCCCUCAUCCUCUUCCGCUCCUGUCCCUCCCCUAAUAAAACAAGUGGAAUGGGGCGACGAUUCGGUGCUGGACGAAGAGGUGGAUGCCCUACCAUACCCCGGGUUCGUCGAGCCGGCGCUGCACUGCUUGAAACAGUCGCAGGCUCCCCGAAGUUGGGCCCUAAAAGCGGUGAUGAGUCCGUGGUUCGACCGGAUCACGAUGGCCGUCAUUUUCAUCAACUGUGUGACGUUAGGCAUGUAUCGGCCGUGCGAAGAUGGUGAUGACUGCCAAACGGUCCGCUGCCAAAUCCUGGACGUUGUCGACUGGUUAAUCUUCGUCUACUUCACCCUGGAGAUGGUUGUCAAAAUCGUGGCCCUCGGGUUCUACGGCCAAUCAGCCUACAUGUCCGACACGUGGAAUCGGCUCGACUUUUUCAUCGUCGUUGCUGGAAUUGCCGAGGUAUUCCUGAAGGAGUUUAUCGGUAAUUUGAAUUUGACCGCGAUUCGAACGAUUCGGGUACUUCGGCCUCUCCGAGCCGUCAAUCGGAUACCGUCCAUGAGGAUAUUGGUAAACCUCCUUCUCGACACACUGCCAAUGCUGGGAAACGUGCUCCUCCUCUGCUUCUUCGUCUUUUUUAUUUUUGGGAUCGUCGGGGUGCAGCUGUGGGCCGGGUUGUUACGAAAUCGUUGCAUACUCAAUCUGCCCGAUUUCAACAUCACAAACGCCGAGAUGUCGUUUGCCAAUAUUUCGCUAUCCAGGUACUACAUCCCCGAAGACACCUCCAUGGAGUACAUUUGCUCCGAUGCGGAACAUUCCGGACUUCAUACAUGUCUUUCAUUGCCACCAUACGUCAAAGAUGGUGUUAGGUGUCACCUAACCCUCGAAGAAUACGACCAGGUCUCUCCCACAGCCUGUAUAAACUGGAAUCUCUAUUACAACAAAUGCGAGGUGGAACACCGUAACCCCUUCCAGGGAUCCGUCAGCUUUGACAAUAUCGGAUUCGCAUGGGUCGCGAUAUUUUUGGUAAUAUCUCUCGAAGGCUGGACCGACAUCAUGUACUACGUCCAGGACGCCCACUCUUUCUGGAACUGGAUCUACUUCGUGCUCCUUAUUGUCAUCGGCGCGUUCUUCAUGAUUAACCUGUGCCUGGUCGUCAUCGCCACGCAGUUUGCCGAGACAAAACGGAGGGAAACGGAGAGAAUGAUGCAGGAGAGAAAGAGGAUGCAGAGUCAGACUGGAAGUCUUUCCGGAAGUGAAGCCGCCUUGGCCGCUUCUGCUAAUGGCGAAGGCGGAGGCGGCGAUUCAAUCUAUGCGGCCAUGGUCAGAUUUAUCCGCCAAACUUCGAGACGGGUCAAGAAGUACACUAAGCAGCGUUGGAAGUCGCGCAAAGAGAAGAAAGCGGCGGCCAAUGGUCCUGUGGACGAGAAGAAAAAGGGUGGAAUUGACGAGCGGUGCAAGUUGAGCAAGAUUGAGGAGGAGCUGGAUUCGAAAUGCGGGACGCCAGUUUUGGUGCGAAAAGCCUCCGAGGAUAUGAUGCCCGAAUUGAUGCGGAUAGCAGAGAAACCGGCAAAUGGAAGGGUUCGGACUGAGACGGAGAAUACGGAGACCAACAGAUCCAGGGAGACGCUCACCGAAACCGAGUCCGACUCCGAAUGGUCCGAGGAAGAGCUGCGGGAAGAGAAGGUGGAUGAGAAGAAGCCGAAGAAAGAAAAGAAAAAAGCAAGCGUCUCCUGGCUGCGGCAACAGGUUCGAACCUUUGUGAAUUGUGACCAUUUCACGAGGGGAAUUCUGGUGGCUAUCCUCGUCAAUACGCUUUCAAUGGGUGUCGAAUAUCAUAAUCAGCCGGAAAUGCUGACGCACAUCCUCGAGUAUUCAAACUAUUUUUUCACGGGUCUGUUCGCCUUCGAAAUGCUGCUCAAAGUGAUCGCCGAUGGGUUGUUCGGCUAUCUGUCCGACGGGUUCAACCUUUUCGACGGUGGUAUCGUCGCGCUCAGCGUUCUGGAGCUAUUCCAAGAAGGCAAGGGCGGUCUUUCCGUGCUUCGCACCUUCCGCCUUCUCCGUAUCCUGAAGCUGGUCCGUUUCAUGCCGGCCCUCCGAUAUCAGCUGAUGGUGAUGCUGAAGACGAUGGACAAUGUUACCGUGUUCUUUGGGCUGCUUAUUCUAUUCAUCUUCAUCUUCAGCAUCCUCGGGAUGAACCUGUUCGGGUGCAAAUUCUGCAAACUCGAGCCGGGCAAGGGCCAGAAUUUACCGUGGAAGAAGUGCGAGAGGAAGAAUUUCGACUCGCUCCUCUGGGCCCUCAUCACCGUUUUUCAGAUCCUGACGCAAGAAGACUGGAACAUGGUGCUGUUCAACGGAAUGUCACAAACGACCCCGUGGGCAGCGCUGUACUUUGUGGCCCUGAUGACGUUUGGAAACUACGUGCUCUUCAAUCUGCUCGUCGCCAUCUUGGUCGAGGGCUUUCAGGAGAGCAAGGAGGAGGAGAAGCGCCAAUUGGAAGAAGAAGAACGUAAAAACGCCAUUGAAGAGGAGCAGGAGCAGAAGAAGGAACUCGAACUCUUGCUUGCCCGCACGGCUUCAAAUCAAUUCCUCUCCGCCCAUCCGAGGGGAUCCGUAGACUGUUCAUGUCCUGGGAAUGAUAUACACCAGAAUGGCAGCCAGUCUCCGCAGAUUGAGCUCGGCGGCCAAACCCUGCUCCCGCCCCAUCACGAGAUGAAUGGUGGAAGCCGUGCAAUGGUGCCGAUCGUGGCCCGGACAAGAGUUAUCGGCCAGACAAGAGGGAUGCAUGAAGAAGCCGAAGAUAGUGACUCUGAAGUGUCCCCUCGAGGCCGUCAACGGCUACAUUCUUGGGGUGGCCUCAAUCAGCCGCUCUUCAACCCUAACUGCCCGGUGCACGGUAGAAGGGCUCUGAUCGAAGAGUACGCACGCGAGAAGUUCAUCCAGGCAAGCCAAGAAUUGAAAUUGGCGCUCGCCGAGGAGGAGCGACGAGAGGAGGAACGGGAGAAUACCGUAUGCCGGAAGUUGAUGAAGAAGACGUGCUUUUACACGAGAUCUGACUAUGCACUUUUCUGUUUGGGGCCGAAGAAUCCGGUCCGGAUCAGCUGUCUCCGCCUGACUCAAAAGAAAUGGUUCGACUACACAAUCUUGUUCAUGAUCGGCAUCAACUGUGUCACUUUGGCUAUGGAAAGACCCUCGAUUCCACCGGAUUCCAUUGAAAGGAAAUUCCUGAACGUCACCGGCUAUAUUUUCACGAUCAUCUUCUCGAUGGAAAUGUUUCUCAAGGUGAUGGCCAACGGUUGCUUCAUGGGCAAAGGGGCCUACUUCAAAGACGGCUGGAACAUCCUCGACGGCAUCUUGGUGGUCAUCUCGCUGGUCAACGUGCUCUUCGAAUUUGUCGCUAGUGGUGAUUCUCCCAAGAUCUUCGGCGUUAUCCGGGUCCUACGACUGCUACGAGCCCUUCGACCACUUCGAGUCAUCAACCGGGCGCCUGGUGUGAAGCUGGUCGUGAUGACGCUCAUCUCCUCCCUGAAACCCAUCGGCAACAUCGUGCUCAUCUGCUGCACAUUUUUCAUCAUUUUCGGGAUUCUUGGAGUGCAGUUGUUCAAGGGAAUGAUGUACCAUUGCGUCGGACCGGACAUUGGCAACGUGACGACGAGAGCGGACUGUAUGCAAGAUACCCGAAACAAAUGGGUCAACCACCGCUACAACUUCGACAACCUCGGCCAAGCACUAAUGUCGCUGUUCGUCUUAUCCAGCAAAGACGGAUGGGUGUCGAUUAUGUACCAGGGGAUCGACGCUGUUGCAGUUGAUGUGCAGCCGAUCGAAAACUUCAACGAGUGGCGAAUGAUCUACUUCAUCUCCUUCCUCUUGCUCGUCGGCUUCUUCGUCCUCAACAUGUUCGUCGGGGUCGUCGUCGAGAAUUUCCACAAAUGCAAGGAGGCGCUGGAGCGGGAGCUGAUGGAGAAGGAACGCGAAAAGCGCAUUCAGAGAAAACUGAAGCGAGCGCAAUUCGAAGAGUGUCUGGCCAACAAGAAGAAGAAACCUGUCAAACUCCACCCUUACUACUACGAAUAUGGUCCAACUCGACUGUUCGUCCACGGCAUCGUCACAUCCAAAUAUUUCGACCUGGCCAUCGCCGCCGUUAUUGGCAUCAAUGUUAUCUCGAUGGCCAUGGAAUUCUAUAUGAUGCCCCACGGGCUAAAGUACGUGCUGAAGGCUCUCAACUAUUUCUUCACCGCCGUCUUCACCCUGGAAUCUGCCAUGAAACUCACCGCGCUCGGCAUCAAGCGGUUUAUGGCCGAACGUUGGAACCAACUGGACAUCUUCAUCGUGUUCCUCUCCAUCGCCGGCAUCAUCUUUGAGGAGUUCGAGGCCCUUGAGCUGCCCAUCAAUCCGACGAUCAUCAGGGUGAUGAGGGUGCUGCGGAUAGCUAGGGUCCUCAAGCUGCUAAAAAUGGCCAAGGGCAUACGAUCGCUGCUCGACACCGUCGGCGAAGCCCUACCUCAAGUCGGAAACCUCGGGUCGCUCUUUUUCCUGCUGUUCUUCAUCUUCGCCGCCCUCGGUGUGGAGCUGUUCGGGAAAUUGGAAUGCUCCGAAGAACACCCCUGCGACGGCCUUGGCGAGCACGCACACUUCAAAAACUUUGGAAUGGCAUUUUUAACGUUAUUCCGAAUAGCUACGGGUGACAACUGGAAUGGCAUUAUGAAAGAUGCGUUGAGAGACGACUGUGACAGCUCGGAGCGUUGUGAAGUGAACUGUUGCGUGGAUCCAAUUCUGGCGCCAUGCUACUUUGUCAUCUUCGUGCUGAUCUCGCAAUUCGUGUUGGUGAAUGUCGUCGUGGCUGUGCUGAUGAAACAUCUGGAAGAGAGUAACAAACGAGAUGCCAUGGAGCCGGAGAAGGAAGGAGCAAACGACGUGGAAGGCGGUGCCACGGACACCGAGCGGGACGAUGUCGAACCGAACGAUGGUCCAAAAACGCUGGCACGGAUCGUGGAUGAAGAAGAACCGGUGGAAGAUGAGCACGACGAGAGGAUGGCAGAUCUGAAGAGGCUCGAGAAACAGCUGAUAGAGGCCGAGAAGAGACUGUUGAAGUGUGGUAGACAGGAUUUGAAGGAUGAGCACGUCCCAAUCCCCGACUGCCCGGUUUUCUUCGACCCGGAGAAUUUCCCCGAGAUGGACGCCACCCUGCCAGCCGAUGAGCCCCGAGAAGGCCACCGCGAGCCCCUAUUAAUGCAUGAACUGGCCAGCAAGCCGAAACGUCACCACCACCGCCGUUCCAAGCAUCAAAAAAGAAACAGCGACAUUGCCGAGGCGCUCGAGCUGACCGACGAAGCCUCGUUC